GCGACCCGCACUUCAUUCGUUCACAGACCGCCGCGCGCGCUGCACUAAAAAUGAUACUCACCAACCGCGCUAUGUCGCCGUCACGGGGCGCUUUCCACUCGCCGCAUGCGCAACCCGAUGAAGAACCCGUCUCCAGAACAUAUCAAUAUAGAAAAGUUAUGAAGCCAAUGCUCGAAAGAAAACGGAGAGCCAGAAUCAACCGAUGCCUAGACGAACUCAAGGAUUUGAUGGUUACCGCACUCCAAGCUGAAGGUGAAAAUGUCUCCAAGCUAGAAAAGGCCGAUAUUUUGGAACUCACGGUUCGACAUCUACACAGUCUCAAAGAAAGGGGGCAGUUAGUGCUGAAACCGGAAAUGUCAUACGCGGAGCGAUUCCGCGCAGGAUUCACCCAGUGUGCUACGGAAGUGUCUCAAUUUAUUGCAAACGCUACGUUAGCAGCCAACGCGAUGCAAAGACAAGGCCCCGUGGACCCUCAAGCUGGAGCUAGGCUGUUGCAACAUUUAAGUAAUUGUAUUGGAAGACUGGAGAGUACUCAAAUGACGAAACCACAAUCGACACAGCCGUACGGCGUGGCUCGGCCGACACCUAUCCAGCCUCAGCCACAACAUGCGCAAUCUCAUCCACCAGUACCCCAACAAGCCGUGCCUUUGCAAAGGAUAUCACCGGCUAUGUUACCAGAGCAAGGUUGUAAGAGGCCGUGGGAACCGCCCAUGGACGCUCAAGCGGCGCUCGCGAAGCGUCAGUACGUGCCGCCUUCUCCGCCGGACAGCCCCGCCUUCAAAAGCGAGCCCACCCAGUCCAUGGUCUGGAGGCCCUGGUGACCAAAUAACAUAUCAAUCACCUCCUUCGCGAUCUCCGAAACUUUGUGAUCAGUGUGACAGCAUGUGUGAUAAUCGCAAACGUUAUUUGUUUUGUUUCCUUGACGUUCCUUGAACCGAUUUGUGUUGAAAUCGUUGCAUGAGUAUUGCUUGUUGAAUUUUGUUUGUUUAAUUCAUUAAAUGAAUGUUUUCGUUUUAGAGUAACAAGUUAUUUCUUUAAAUUCCUAACUUGAACGUCUUCCGCAACUGUUAUAAUUGUAGCAUUUACUAAAACUUUUAAUUACCAUUGUAGUGUAUAAGACGUGUAGGUUAAGAAGUGGUAGCAACUACAAUUUAACUAGGUGUAGGUACUCUUAAGUGAUAUUUUAUGUCAAGUGAAAAAAUUGCAUCCAAUAAAGAGAUAUAUGAACAUUUACUAUACCUACUGUGAUAAUUACAUCGAACUUAAAGAAUAUAUGAUGAAAGUUCAAAUCGUAAGACUAUUGAUUUUUUAUAAAAAGAUACAAUAAAUAAAAAAGAAAGUUAAAUAU